CCAUCACUAACUAAUUCGCAAAAAGUCAACUGGGUGAAAGUGUCUGUUAUUACCUAGUCUCAGUCUGAAUUUAUUGAAAUUUUCAGAUGUUUAAGCAUUUAGAAAAUACUAUUCAACUAAAGUAUAUUUUAUAAGUAACAAAGUAUAGUAAAUAGCGAAAAAAAAGUGAAAAGAGCAUUUGAAAUGCAAAGCAUUAAAGAUCUAGGAAAAUCGCAAUUAUGUACGCGCAGAUAAAUCAUUGAAUGUGUAGUGUAGAUUUUUAUAUGACGAGUGUGAUAGAGCAACAGCUGAAAAGUGAAAUAAGUGGUCAAAUAAUUUGAGUACACAGGAAACAUAUAUUGCCAACCAAAGGGGUAACAGAGUGGUGCUAUAUUGAUCAAUUGCAAAUAGGAUAAUACGUGCAGGAUGCGUGCCACCAUAGAAUUUGAGGAGUGUCUGAAAGAUUCACCGCGGUUUAGACAAUUCAUUUCCAAAGAAGAAACUGAUAUUGAGCACUUGGAGCAACGUCUUGAGAAAAUAAUCAAAUACUGCACUGUAGCCGUGGACUCGGGCAAGGAGUACGUGAAGAAUCAGAGCGCCUUCGCCAUGUCCUUAUGGGAUUUGCAGCAGCAUUUCGCUGAUAAUAAGAACGCACACAACGCUUUGGGCAAACUGAUACACUGUUUUCAGGAAAUGAACAAGUUUCAUACCAUUUUGCUGGAUCAAGCGAGUCGCACGGUGCUGAAGAAUCUUAAAGUAUUCGUCAAGGACGACAUCAAUCAAGUUAAGGACUAUAAAGGACACUUUCUUAAAGUAUCGGAGGGUUACGACAAUGCGCUCAUAAAAAAUGCGCAGGCAAGCAAAAACCGGCCACAAGAAGUACAAGAGGCAGCUAACAUUUUGUCAGCUAGUAAAUCAUGCUUUCAACAUACCGCAUUAGAUUAUGUUAAUUAUAUAACUUUGGUACAAUCGCGUAAAGUUCCAUCGAUUUUAUCAACGCUCGUCGAUUAUUAUCAGGCUUGCGUUACCUACUAUCAUCAAGGUUUCGAUUUGUGCAACGAUUUUGAUGAAUUCUUCAAAAACAUAACAGAAGACUUGAAUUGUUUGCGUGGCGACUAUCAACAAUUGGAAAAAGCGAUGCAAAACCGUCAUCUGAGUGUGAACAAUUUUAGUGAUACAAAUACGAAUAGCACAUCAAAUAAAAUCGAAGGUUAUUUGUUCAAGAAAAAAUCGAAAGGAUUCAAAACGUGGUGCAGGCGCUGGUUCUAUUUGAGCAACAAUCAGCUAGUCUAUAGUGAUUUGGAUUCGAAUUGCAGAAAACGCAGUAAUGAGGAUUCAUUCUCCGUUAUGGAGGAGGAUUUACGCAUCUGCACAGUGCGUCCGGUUAACGAUGGCGAUCGACGAUUCUGUUUUGAAGUAAUUUCACCAACAAAGUCGCACAUUUUACAAGCAGACUCUGCGGAUAUGCUAUCGCUAUGGAUUACGGCGUUGCAAAAGAGCAUAGGCGCUGCUAUACAGCACGACAGUCAACAUUCCAGACCACAGUCGUCCUUGGCAACGAACGCAUUCAAUGCCAAGCGAAAAAUUCACUGGGAGCAAUUCCUUAAAAUUCCUGGUAAUUCACAAUGUUGCGAUUGUCGCGGCUCAGAUCCGCGCUGGGCUUCCAUCAAUCUGGGCAUUACACUGUGCAUUGAAUGCUCCGGUGUACAUCGCAGUUUGGGCGUGCACUACAGCAAGGUACGUUCGCUCACACUUGACGCCUGGGAGACGGAGAACGUGAAAGUGAUGAUGGAAUUGGGCAACAAUGUGGUUAAUCGCAUUUACGAGGCGCGCAUAGGCGAGAGUUGCGAAUUGAAGGCAGCCACGGAGAAUUGCGAUAUCAGUGUGCGUGAAGCGUGGAUUAAAGCGAAAUAUGUGGAGAAACGUUUCGUGUGUGCCAUGCCGAAACCGCAAGAGUUGCUCUCUAGCGAAACGGCGGAGGUGCUAUCCAUUGACAGUGGUGGAGGCGGAGGUGUCGGCGUUGGUGUUUGCGGCAACGGUAUUAGUGUGCUAGGUGUUGGUGAUGCUGAUGAAUCGCGUAGUCUGAGUAAGACGACAACACUAUCGUUGGGUGCACGAAAGUGGGCGGUCAAGAAAUAUCGCCGUCGUCGUCAUCGUGAUCGACAUCGUUCCAGUUCGAAGUCUGACGACGAUGAUGAGUCGAUAAAUCUUCCUUCACUAUCGUUGAGCAUUUCACGAGAGGAUUUAAUGCUAAUCGGUGAUGAUUUGGCGCUGGAAUCUGACGAAACACCAGCCAUAUUGGGUUCGGAUCAAGAGUCGACUGAUGGCGAAAUCGAACCGGAAAUAUUAGAUGAGGUGCCCUUCUCCAAACUCGAUGCGAAUCUCAUGUUGUACAAAGCGGCUGCGGUGCAUAAUUUACCCGUCAUGUGUAUGGCGUAUGCGUUGGGCGCCAACAAACACUGGAAGAAUCCAAACGAUCACAAUCGCACAUAUUUACAUCAGGCAGUGUUGUCGGGUUCCGUUAUGGCAUGUGAGUACUUAUUGUUGAAUGGUGUGCCCAUCGAUACGGCCGAUGACAAUGGCGAGACGGCGUUGCACAUGUCCACCGCCAGUGGUUUCAUAGCGCAGGUGUAUUUGUUGCUCAAGCACAAAGCCAAAUAUGACACCGAAUCGAAUGAUGGCAAAAAACCACUCGAUAUAGCGGUUGAUCAACGCAAUGCGGACAUCGUGACGCUUUUGCGUCUUACGCGUCUCAAUGACGAAAUCGGCAUGAACGACGAGGGCAAUGGCGAAGAUGAAACCUACAAGGAUGUUAUGAAAGACUUUUCCAAUUUUGCGUCGAGUCAACCGCGCAUGUUGCGCAAUCGCACCGACACCAAUACACUCGAAUCACAGCGGUCUUCCCUCACCAACUCGGAUUAAUUCGAAUGAGCGUCAACUGCAUACAAACAUACAUACACACAUAUAUGAAUGCGUGUGUGUGUGUGUGUGUCGAUGACAAAUAAACAAAAAAGAAUAUCUAAUCAAAUUGCAAGCGAACGUAAACACGAGGUGCAUACAAAAACUACAAUUAAAAGGAAAAAAGAAAAUAAUAUAAAAAACAAAAAACAAAAAAAAAACAGUUAGCCGCUUUUGGUGUAUACAUACAUACAUAUAUACUAGACAUGCAAAAAUUUAAAUUACUGAACCUACCACAAAAUGUGACUGUCUACAUAUGGACGUGCGUCGUUGAGCACAAUAUAUUGAAGUAUUUUGAAUAUUUGUACCUACUAUAUUACGUAUACAUAUACAUAUACAAACAUAUUUAGCACAUGCAUACAUACAUACAUAUUUCGCAUGCCCGUACAUGCUGCGCUGUUGUACACCAACCAAAAACAAAACAAGCAACAAAAAAAAAGCACACAAACAAAAAAUUUAAAAUAUGAAUUUAGUCGAUUUUUAUAUUUCGUGUACUGUUUCGUCGAAAGUUGACUUGUUUAAAGUGUUGGGGGGGAAUGAAAUAUGAAUGUGUUUUAAAAAGAUUUUGCCAAAAUUGUUGGUUAUUAUUAUUGUUUUAGAGAUGUGAAACUCGUAAUCUCUACUGUUCAUUGUUAUUCUCAGAAAAACUAUUGUAUUUGUUGCAUUGCCAUUGAGUGGUUUUCCCGAAUUGUUUUGUAUUAUGCAUUUACUCUGAAACGCUUGUGUAGUCUUGUUUGAAAAAAAAAAAACUCGUAUGUUUUAUUCAAAGAAUAGAGAAAAUUAACUCUAGAAAAACUAAAGUAUUUAUAAAAGCAUUCAAGAAAUCACAUUUUUCUUACUUCCACUAAUUAAGUUAAACAUUUAUAAAUUUAAUUUUUUUUUUUAAUUUUUUUUUUCUAAAUAAGACAAUUUAAAAUAUAUUAGAUGUUUGUUGCGGUAGAAGAGUUGUGUGAGCGCCGAAUUUUCAAAUUUACAAUUUUGCAUUGUUGUACGAAUAGUUAGUUAGGAAUUCGCCUAAGCUACCUAAAUACUUAUACAAAUACAUACAUAAAAGUAAAUGUUUCAAAUAUAUUGUAAUGUGCAUAUUGAUAAUGUUUAGUUAUUUAUAUACAAUUUAACGUUUUAACAGCUUCUGUGAACAAUUUGUUAAUCGUACACAAGUGUGUGUGUGUGUAUAUGUUGCAAAACAUAUACAAAAUAUCAAGUCUACAUAAAGGAUUACCUAAAUAGAAAAAAAUGCAUAUUUAUUGAACACU